AUGAUGCAUGAUAGGCAGCAGAUAGACCGCAAAGUGACGCAGGCAGUCCAGCUAGGACGUGUGUCUCGUAAGAAGACCGCUAAUCUCUUAUGGCUACACAAACUACAGUCUGCUGCUCACUAUCAGCAAGCAGAGAAGGAGGCCCUUGAUGAGGAAGGGGGGCCCGCACCUGCAGAUACACCCGAAGAGCAGCAGCGUGCUGCAGCAGCAGCACAGAAAAAGGCCCUUAAAUCUAUAGAAGAAAGAAAUGUAUCCGCUACCCAAAUACUACAGCAUCUAGGUUUCUGCAAGGAGGAGCGCAAAGCCCCAAACAAGAAGAUAACAGGCACAGACGAUGUAUUCAGACAAGUAUUAGAGGAAUCCUUCGCGUUGCUGCCUGAGGAUGGGCCCCCAAGGGUGAAUGCAGCAGCAGCAGCAGGAAGCAAAUAUGGUGCUGCUGCUGCUGCCAUAGGGAGGAAGAGGUUGUCAGAGAAGGAAAGGGCAAGACUGCAAUAUGCUGCCUUCACAGAUGAGGAGAAGUUAAGUUUAAUAGAUGAGAAGAUAAAGAAUAUAACAAAAGAAAUAGAUAAACAAACACAAAUAAGAGGAAUACCCAAAGAUUUACUUCUUAUACAGCUUAGAGAUCAUCUUGAGGCUGCUAAACAAGCUUAUCUCGAAGGGAAGUAUAUAGAGGAGACAGAAAAGAGAAUGCAGCAGCAGCAAGAGCAGGAGAAGCAGCAGCAACAGAAGGAACAGCAGAAACUCCAGCAGCAGGAGCAGCAGCAGGAGGGCACAGGGGACAGCAAGGAAUGA